AUAGCCCAGAUGAAGGAUGACAAAGUUUAUGAUGGUGUUGUGCAAUCGCAUCAGAUAGCAGUGUACUGGUAUUUACCCUUGGGAGGGUUAUUCCAACGUGAGGUGGGCCACAUUUGAGAUUGGAUUCAGGAUGGCAGGGAGGCACUAUCGUCAUAAUCUGACGGAGGAAAACAUUGGUCCCGGUGGAGUAUCCUGAGGUGGGGAAAGUAAGAGCUGGUACUCACCUAACUGUAAUGAAGAGACAGAGAUCCUGGGGGGACAGAGAGCUCCUGGGAAGCAAUACAGACGACAACACAGACAACAGUGAACAGGAUGAGUCCUCGUCUCUGAGGUUGUCCUGGUCCCUGGCGGACACCAUGAACUACGUAGGCCAGCUGGCAGGUCAGGUGCUGGUCACCGUCAAAGAACUGUACAAGGGCAUUAAUCAGGCCACGUUGUCGGGCUGCAUUGAUGUUGUGGUUGUCCGCCAGAGAGAUGGCACCUACCAGUGCUCGCCAUUCCAUGUGCGCUUUGGCAAGUUGGGUGUACUGCGCUCAAAAGAGAAAGUGAUUGACAUCGAAGUGAAUGGAGAGCCAGUAGAGCUGCACAUGAAGCUCGGUGACAAUGGAGAGGCCUUUUUCGUCCAGGAAUCCGAGCAGCUGAAUCAGAUUGUCCCUGCCCAUCUGGCCACCUCCCCAAUCCCCACCGAGAGUCACCUGUUCUGGAUCUCAGAGGUUGAGCACAGAGCGCCAAAAGAUCUGGAGGAUGACCCCGCUGACCAAGAGGACCCACCUGAUCCUCCCACUCCAAGCACCAUGGCCACAAAGAAGAAGAAGAGACGGAGGAAGAAACACAAAGGAGACCCCCGAAGAGAGGAGCUGACCCCGCCCAUGUCCGUCACUACUGGUAAUGCAAUUGCUGCUAACGCACCUGCUGCUGCUACGACUGCUGCUAUGUCCAGCGCUGGGCAAAAUGAAGAGAUCUUUGAGAUGGACCUGAGCUCUGACGAGGAAGCUGCAGCACAUGUCUCAAGGUCACCCUCAGUGACCACGAUGCGAGACAUUGACCCCAAAUUACCUGCAGCCAGACACAACCUUGAUGGAUAUCCACUAUCUGAUGGGGACUGGCCGUCAAAUGACAGUCACGGCUUGUCUCAGGCCUUUUCCCCAAAGAGUGACUCUGAACUGAUGGUCAGGCCCUCAGAGAGUUUGCUCAGAGCUGAGUCACACAUGCAGUGGACCUGGGGGGAGUUUCCAGAAACAACCAGGAUCACCAAAAAAGAGAAACCAGAACUGAUAAAAACAGUGACCAUCACCCCAUCGGAGAGCACCCACUUCCGUGUCAUCCUCAGUUCCGAGGCCAUGGAGAACGACGCCGAGAUUGAAAGGGGAGAUGCUGCCCCCUCCUCAAUGUGCACCAUCGUCAAGCCCGAGCCACGCACCCCUAUCACCACUGUAACACCUGUGAUUCCUCUCGCAUCUGUCGGCACCAUGACCUCUGUGAGUCCUGUAACCCCCACAGAGCCGCUGGAUAUCCUUCUACCCAAUGUGGCAACCUCUACUCCUUUCAACGGCCAACUGAGCGAUUCACCCUCUAAGAAGAAAGGUGUCCCAAAGAGGAGCCAGCACCAGGGUCCUGAGGAUAUCUACCUAGAUGACCUGAAUGUACUUGAACCUGAUGUUGCUGCACGAUAUUUUCCUAAGAGUGAGGCUGAGGCAGCGACAAAGCACUGGAUGGACUCAGAGAUGCACUCUGGUUCUCAGUCUCCACAGUCGGUGGGCAGUGCAGCAGCUGACAGCGGGACAGAGUGUCUCUCUGACUCGGCUAGUGACGUCCCCGACGUCACUCUCUCUCUGUGCGGAGGCCUCACAGAAAAUGCUGAAAUAUCCAAAGAAAGGUUCAUGGAGCACAUCAUCACCUAUCAAGAAUUUGCUGAAACUCCAGCAAUUAUAGAUAACCCCAACCUGGUAGUAAAGAUAGGAAAUAGAUAUUAUAACUGGACACUAGCUGCACCCUUGAUUCUAAGUCUACAAGCAUUUCAGAAGAACUUACCAAAGGCUACAGAGGAGGCCUGGGUGAAGGAGAAAAUGCCAAAGAAGUCAGGCCGCUGGUGGUUCUGGCGAAAAAGGGCAGAUAGUGCAAUCAAGCAGUCGGAGACGAAGCCUGAAAAUAAGGAGGAGUCUCAUCUGGAGGAGGAAGGACCCUCCAUGUCUCAGGAGAAACUUCCAUUGCCGCCUAAAGCAGGAGACUCAUCCAGUGACGAAGAGGCCAAGGAGGUGAGCGCUGUGUCCUGUCAGGAGAGACUUCAGCCAGUAGACAGUCAACACCACCCCGGCCCGUGCACUUACAGGAAGUCACUACGCCUCUCCUCUGAUCAGAUAGCCAGUCUGAAACUGAAGGAGGGACCUAAUGAUGUGACGUUCAGCAUCACCACCCAAUACCAGGGCACAUGCCGCUGCGAGGGCACCAUCUACCUGUGGAACUGGGACGACAAAGUCAUUAUCUCUGACAUCGAUGGCACCAUCACCAAGUCAGAUGUGUUUGGGCAGAUCCUGCCACAGUUGGGGAAGGACUGGACCCACCAGGGCAUUGCCAAGCUCUACCACUCAGUAGCUGAGAACGGCUACAAGUUCCUGUACUGCUCAGCACGGGCUAUUGGCAUGGCGGACAUGACAAGAGGUUACCUGCAGUGGGUCAAUGAUGGAGGCACCAUUCUGCCCCGGGGACCUCUCAUGCUGUCUCCAAGCAGCCUCUUCUCUGCCUUCCACAGGGAGGUCAUCGAGAAGAAACCAGAGAUCUUCAAGAUUCAAUGCCUUACAGAUAUCAAGAACCUGUUCCAGCAUAACAAGCAGCCAUUCUACGCCGCCUUUGGGAAUAGAGCUAAUGAUGUGUUUGCCUAUAAGGAGGUGGGAGUUCCAGUGUGUAGGAUCUUCACAGUCAACCCAAAAGGAGAGCUGAUCCAGGAGCAGACCAAGGGCAACAAGUCCUCUUACAGCCGGCUCAGUGAGCUGGUGGAGCACGUGUUCCCUCUGUUGAGCAAAGAGCAGAACGAGGCCUUUGUGUUGCCGGAGUACAGCUCUUUCUGUUACUGGAGACAGCCCAUACCAGACAUCAACCCUGAUGAACUGCUCUAAUCCGGCACAUAUGGAUACCCAGGUGCUCAUAUACAGUACAUGCGACUGGACUGUGCACUUGAAUGCAUCUCCAGGAAACACAUGGACUGAAACCCAAAUAGUACUCAGACAUGCACACACAGUAACAGGGUUUUGACCAUAAACACAAAAAAAAAAGCUGUUAAACAGUAACUACCCAUUUGAGAUGUGUGGACGUUAUCUCCAGAACAGUAAAUCCUGAUCAAUAAUCCCUGAAAACUUUCAUCUAAUCACCAAGUAAAUGAUCAUCCUUCCUCCUGCCUGUGAAGGCAUCCUAAACCCAAUGAGCGCUCUGUAGUCCCCGUAGGAGUACAGGGAUAAAGAUCUGAGACUAAUCUUUUCUCUCUAGCAAACAGGAUGGUCUGCAUUUGCCAUCAGGGACGACGACUGAAGCCCCACGCGGUGCAUUAUAGCCCUUAGCACCAGAGUCCGAGCUGUGCAGAAGGAAAAGACGUUCACAUUUCCUGAACGCCCUGAAGAAGUGAAACGAAAUCUUCAAAGCGAAAAAGACACACAGGGUAGGCAAUUAACACAACCACUAGUCAUAUGCCGGUAAUAUUUAGCUGUGGCUGCUGUGUUUGCCUGGACAAACAGUCGUUAUUCUGCUCUAAAACAUUAAGUAAAAUAGUGAUAGUGGCUGGCAAAUAACUGCGACACCACCUAUGAACCACUCACAGCAGUUAGUUACCAGAAAGCUACUGAAGGUGUUCAGUUUUGAUCCCGACUCUCUGGACUGUGUGGUCAUUAGUUCACUGUUGCUGGAGCAGAUUUUCCCUGGAGAGCUUUCAUGUUUUAAUAUUCAAGGUCAUACCAGGGAUAUACUUUUGCCAACAAGUAUGUGAAGAUGCACAUUUGAGAUGUGACUUAAAAAAAAACUAAAUGAAGGAGCUUCAUGGUGUAUUGUCUCGCUGUUAUUUUAAUAUCUGUUAUACAAGCUCUGGCGAAUCAAGUGUGUUUUUGUUAACAAUGCAGUCAUUAUUUAUGAUAAUUGGUAUGUUUAAGUUAUUGAUUUCUAUCGUGAUGCCUUUGCUUG